AUGGCUUUAUCAUCACGUAUUGAACGAGCAUCUAUUAAUCUUAAAACAUACAGAGUAGUUUGCUUAAGCAUCCCUCCUGACCCAACUCCACGCUGGUUCAUCCUCCGCCGUGGAGGGCCCAAACUAGAUGGCGUGGCCUUCGCCGCCAAGAAGUCUGGGAACCCCACUUCGGAUGUCUUGCUCCUGGAUUGUGUCUCUCACUCGUGGCGCCGCAUCCAAUCCAUGAAAGUAGCUCGUGCUUCCGCAGUCGCAAACGUGGUAGACGGGAAGAUUUACGUGUUUGGAGGCUGCCAGGAGGUUGAUUCCCCCAACUGGGCAGAGGUGUUCGAUCCAAAGACCCAAACUUGGGACAGCUUGCCAUUACCUAAGGAUCCAGAUAUACGCAGGAACACAAGUGUGAUCGACAGAAGUGUGGUGAUGGAAGAUAAAAUUUAUUCGGUGGACGAAGAGGAUCAAAGCUUUUACUACCUGCCACGUGAAGGUAUAUGGAGAAGAGGUAAUUGGGAUUCUAAGCCAGGAAACAGAAAAAACUGGUGUGCCAUAGGGAAAUUGUUAUACUGUUGUGGUACUCGCGGGAAAAUAAUGUGGUGUGAGCAAAAUGAGUUGGAGCGUUGUGGGGCAGAGGAGUUGAAUUGGGGGGAGGUUGAGGGUUUGGGUAUUUUGCAGUGGUGUGAAUUUGGUUUAAAAGCAAAAAAUCGUGCUAUGGACGAGACUCUCGCCUGGGAGCUCCACUAG